UUGCCAAUUUGAAGCCCACGGUAAAAAUUUAAACCGAACUUCGAGCCCACGGAAUAAUAUUUUCCGAACUUCCUCUUCGCCUGAAUCGGUUCGCAUCUAUUAAAAAUCUUCUUCAACUUUUUCUUCUUUUUUCUGUCUUGACUCGUGAUCUCUCCGCCUCUCUCGUCUUCCGUUGUUGUUGAAGAAGUGAUAACAUUAUGGCUACAAAGAAGAGCGUUGGAGAUUUGAAGGAAGCAGAUUUGAAGGGAAAGAGAGUGUUUGUGAGAGUUGAUCUGAACGUUCCGUUGGAUGAUAACUUCAAUAUAACUGAUGACACCAGAAUCCGUGCUGCUGUUCCCACCAUUAAGUAUUUGAUGGGUCAUGGCUCUAAAGUUAUCCUUUCCAGUCACUUGGGACGCCCAAAGGGUGUCACUCCUAAGUACAGCUUGAAGCCUCUUGUGCCAAGGCUAUCAGAACUUCUUGGAGUCGAGGUUAAAAUAGCAAAUGACUGUAUUGGUGCUGAAGUUGAGAAAUUGGUGGCCGAAUUACCAAAUGGAGGUGUAUUGCUGCUUGAGAAUGUGAGGUUCUACAAGGAGGAAGAGAAGAAUGAUCCUGAAUUCGCAAAGAAGCUAGCUUCUCUUGCAGAUGUCUAUGUUAAUGAUGCAUUUGGGACUGCUCACAGAGCCCAUGCUUCCACAGAGGGUGUGGCCAAGUUCUUAAAGCCUUCUGUUGCCGGUUUUCUUAUGCAGAAGGAGCUUGAUUAUCUUGUUGGAGCUGUGGCAAAUCCCAAGAAGCCAUUUGCUGCAAUUGUUGGUGGUUCUAAGGUAUCAACCAAGAUUGGAGUUAUCGAAUCCCUCUUGGCCAAGGUUGACAUUCUCUUACUUGGUGGAGGAAUGAUCUUUACUUUCUACAAGGCCCAAGGAUAUUCAGUUGGAUCAUCACUUGUGGAGGAAGACAAACUUGAUCUUGCAACAUCACUCCUUGAAAAGGCCAAGGCAAAAGGAGUGUCUCUCUUGCUGCCCACUGAUGUUGUUGUUGCUGACAAAUUUGCUGCUGAUGCUAACAGCAAGGUGGUGCCAGCAUCUGAGAUCCCAGAUGGUUGGAUGGGCUUGGAUGUAGGACCUGAUUCCAACAAAACCUUCAGUGAGGCGUUGGACGCUACCAAUACCAUUAUUUGGAAUGGACCCAUGGGUGUGUUUGAGUUUGAGAAGUUUGCUGCAGGCACUGAGGCGAUUGCCAAGAAGCUUGCUGAGCUCAGUGGCAAGGGAGUGACAACAAUCAUUGGAGGAGGUGACUCUGUUGCAGCUGUGGAGAAGGUUGGCCUUGCUGACAAGAUGAGCCAUAUCUCUACUGGUGGUGGUGCUAGCUUAGAGCUUCUUGAGGGAAAAGCACUUCCUGGAGUCCUUGCUCUUGAUGAUGCUUAAACUUAAUUCUUCACCUCUCUUCUUUUUGUGCAUUUCAUACUGCAAUAAUGUGGCAGGUUUUUCAGCCCAGAGUGGUUUAGUAGUAGUCUCUUAGAGCUGAUCUUGUAGGGGCUGAUAAGGUGAAAUAAAAUAAAUGGUUUCUCCUUUGCAUCCAUCAUAGAUGCAUUUGGAUUGGAUUUUUUUUGGGGACCAUUGUUGAAUGUUAAUGAUGCAAUUGCCUCAGUGUUUGUUUUA